AAGGACAUGAAUUACACACUGCAAAACUGUUUUAAACUCUGUAAUUAUCAUUUCCUGCAUGUAUUUAUCAUAUUCGUUGAAAAUAGGGAAAUAUUGCGCAAAGAACAUCAUGACGGAAACAUUCCUAUGUAACAAUUCAGACACAAACUUCAAAGUGGCUUGCUGUUCAAACUAUUAUUAUUCACAAGAAGAAGGAAAAUGCGUGCCUUGUUCUGAUGGUUACUAUGGAUACAACUGCAACAAGACUUGUCCAGCAGGUUUCUAUGGUAGCUCCUGUACCUCACAGUGUACACGUUGUGAUGAGGACAAGUGCGACUUCAGAUAUGGUUGUGAGAGUCAAGUCACAACAGAGGCUCUCAAGAAAACUGUAGCAACCACAACCGAAAUAAAAUUUACAACUAAAGCAGUAGAGACGCCUCCCUCUAGUGCCGUGAAACACUUAUCCAGCCAGGUAGCAGCAUCUAAAACUCAGAAAUCUACCACUGUUACAGACAUCCAUCUAACUAAGACAACACACAUUCCAGUUGCAAUCGUCACAGAAAGUCCGCCAUUACAAAUUACUUUGAAUUCUAAUACGAUUUUAAUUGGCAUUGGAGGAUUAAUAUCUCUCUUACUGAUGGUGAUUAUCCUUCAGAGAUGUUUAAAAUCGAAAUCAAAGAAGCGCAAAAUUUCCCGGAAUAGCAAGAGAGCUGAAAGGCAAUCAGAUACUGAAACGUAUUUCAACAAAUCAAAGAUAAGUAAAUUAAGUUCUACACAGAGUGGAAGAGAAAAUUACCAUGAACUGAGGGGAAGUACUAAUGACAUUACAAAUGAGCAACUAGAAUCUCAUUAUCAGGAACUGGACCAAUGCUUAGAUGUGAUAAGUUUGUCUUCACCAAUCAUGAUUCUCACUGAUGAAGCAAGUACCCGAACACCUUAUAUUGAACCUGUGCAAAACAACACAUAUAUAGCACCUGUGUCUCCUGAGAAAAUUGAUGAUGAACUACAAACUACAGAGUCCUACAUUGAACCAUCGAGGAAAAUAUCAACUAAUGAACAACCCCAUACAUAUAUAGAUAUUAUUGAACCAUCUAGAGAUGGAGACAAAUGUUAUCAAAAAGACAUCAUUGAACUACAAUUCUCACCUUCAGAAACUUUAGAUUUUGAUGACAAUCCUGCGCAGGACUUGAACGAUACGUACCUUGAUCCAGUGAAUACUUACAAGACUCACUCUUUGUAAAUGAAACUACUAUUGUAUUUAAGCAAACAAUAUUUUGCAUAAUGUUGAGGGGGAAAAUGAUUCAGAAAAUUCUUUUGAUAUGUACUAAAGUGUCACGUUAUCAUUGUAACUCGUUGGUAGAAUUAAUCAUUGCUUCUUUUUAAACCAUCUAACUUUCGCGUGAGAAGUAUUGAAUUGUAUGCUUAUCAUAGAAACAUAUACAUGCAGAUUAAAACAGUUUCUACAGUUUAAACAUACGAGAAAGGUAUACCAGAGCAAAAGAAGAUUAUUCUGAAAUAAAUGAAAUAUUCAUGAAAAUGGAUAAAAUACUGUAAAAAUGAAAUAAAAUAA